AUGGCAUCAAAGGCGCUCUAUCAAGUGGGAGAUGGGGAGACAACCAUGCUGAGAAAGGAAAACCUGAAUGUUUUGAAUGCACUCAAUCAAAUGCAGACGCCCUUUCCAAACUCAAAUGUGAACCAGAUCGUCACUAACAAAGGACUCCCGCUUGCCUCAAGGACCAGUUUGGUUAAAUUCUUGGAGGAAGAUACCAUCAAUAUGCUGAAGCCAGUGCCAGUGCAGGAUUCUGAAUGCAGCUCAGAUGACACCAGCAUCUCCCCCAUCUCAUCCACCUUGUUGAAUCCCAUCAAAUUGACCGUCACCCAGCCCAACAGCAGUUUCUUUGCAGGGAUGCUGGAGGGGGAGUUGAAUAGAUUCAGCUUUUCCUCUCUGACCAAGAAGGUAGAAAAGAGGGACCUGGCUCUCUGCUGCCACCAAUCUCAGACGCAAGUGGUCCCUGGGGGCCUUCUGGACCUUGACAACCCUGAGCUGGACACAGACACCUCCUCAACACCUUCUGAAUCCUCUGUGGUUGUGGAUGUACCGGAAGCACCCUUCAUCUGUGAACACACCGUCACUGACUCCACAGCUGUGAUUUCCUGGACCUAUGCCUUGGGCAAGCAGCAAGUCAGUUUCUACCAGGUCUUGCUGCAGGAAGUAGCCAAGAUAAAGGACAAUGAGCUGCCCAAGACAAAGAAUCGUCCAUGGAUCUUCAGCAAGAUCUUUGGCACCACCGUCAAGCUGAUGGAGUUGAAGCCUAACACCAGUUACUGCCUCACUGUCCGUGCAGCCAACACAGCUGGGGUGGGCAAGUGGUGCAAGCCCUACAAAUUUGCAACUGUGGCCACUGACUUGAACAGCUUCCCCGAGAACAACCCUAUUCAAAUCACUGUGCAGCGCAGGGAACCACAACGGAAAACUGUAACCAUCGGGCUCAAUGAGAUGCGGAAGCUAGAGGACCUUGAACACCUAUUUCCCUACUAA